AUGGACAUAAUGUCGACAGCAAGAAUCUGCUCGUGGGUCACUUUGUGCUUGACUCUGUUGACGCUUUUUGGACGCAGUACUUUGGCUCAGAUCAGAUACUCUGUUCCGGAGGAGGUCAAAGACGGGACUGUUGUUGGAAAUGUUGCAAAGGAUCUUGGUCUUGAUGUUUCCUCGUUGGGUGAGAGACGGUUCCGUAUUUCUGACACAAAUAACGCUAUAUUUGCUGUAAACUCUGAUAAUGGCGCUUUGUACGUCCACGGGCGCAUUGACAGAGAGCAGCUGUGUCAGGGCAGCGGUACGUGUCUGAUGGAGCUGAAGGUUCUGGUGGAAAACCCUUUGGAAGUUCACUAUGUUGUUGUAGAAAUCACCGAUGUAAACGACCACGCGCCCACCUUUCCCAAAACAAAUGAAACUAUAGAAAUAUGGGAACAUACCUUGGCUGGAAAUCGAUUUCAGCUACAUCCUGCUCGUGAUCCCGAUGCAGGAAUUAACUCCAUUCGCACGUACACUUUAUCUGCAAAUGAACAUUUUGACGUGAAUGUUCGUGAGAGUGAUUUGAGUAAAACUCCGUUUUUGGUUUUAAAGAAACCUUUAGAUCGAGAACAAAGCAAGACACAUUAUCUGCUCCUUACCGCUGUUGAUGGAGGUAAACCCAGAAGAUCAGGGACACUAAAUGUUACAAUUAUUGUUCUAGACAUUAAUGAUAAUAGACCAGUUUUUACACAAGAGGUUUAUGAAAUUUCACUUCGAGAAAAUGUUGAAAUAGGAACUGUAGUAAUAACUCUCACUGCAACUGAUGCUGACGAUGGGAUUAAUGGGGAAAUUGAGUAUAGUCUGAGAGAAUCGCUGAUUCAAGGUGUAAAAAACGUAUUUCAAAUGGAUAAAAUUAGCGGACAAAUAACAACAAAACAGCAAAUUAAUUUCGAAGAAACAGACCAAUAUGAAUUAGACGUAGAGGCUUCAGAUAAAGGCACGCCCCCAUUAAAAGGUGAAUGUAGAGUUAUUAUAAAAAUCAUAGAUGUAAAUGAUAAUUCUCCAGAAAUAGACGUGACUUCUCUGUCAAACACAGUGUCUGAAGACUCCAAACCAGGGACAAUUGUAUCACUAAUCAGUGUAACAGACAAAGACUCUGGUGUCAAUGGUAAAAUCAUCGCUCACAUAACAAACAACGUGCCUUUUGAACUCAAACCCUCGUAUAAAGAAAACACAUAUUCAGUUGUCACUAAGGAUUUCCUGGACAGGGAGGAGGUGUCACAUUAUGACAUAACUAUAAAAGCCACUGACUGUGGGGAGCCUCCUUUAUCCACCACUAAAACUCUGAGUAUUCAGAUAUUAGAUGUAAACGACAACAGUCCACAGUUUGAACAAAAUCCUCUGUACUUUUAUAUUGUAGAAAAUAACGUGGCAGGGACGUCACUGUUCUCUGUAACUGCAUCAUCAGACAAAGACAAGAAUGAAAACGCAGAUAUUUCCUACAGCAUUGCGCGUGCAGGACAGGAGAAGGACGUGACGCUCUUUUUAAACGUGAACGCGGAAAAUGGUCAAAUCACUGCUCUGAAAAGCUUUGACUUUGAGACAUUAAAGUCUUUCCAGUUUCAAGUCGUGGCCUCAGACUCUGGGACUCCGUCACUGAGCAGCAACGCGACAGUGCACGUGUUCAUCCUGGAUCAGAACGACAACGCUCCAGUCAUUCUGUAUCCAGUCAGGUCUAAUGGUUCUGCUGAAGGAGUGGAGGAGAUCCCCCGCAAUGUGAACGCGGGACACUUGGUGACUAAAGUCAGGGCCUAUGACUCUGAUAUCGGAUAUAACGGCUGGCUGCUGUUUUCACUGCAGGAAGUGACUGACCACAGUCUGUUUGGGUUGGACCGCUACACAGGACAGAUCAGGACACUUCGCUCGUUCACAGAGACAGACGAGGCCGAGCACAAACUCGUCAUACUGGUCAAAGACAAUGGCAACGUGUCCCUGUCAGCUACAGCUACUGUGCUCGUGAAAGUGGUGGAGCCCAGAGAGGCUUUUGCAGCUUCUGACGUUAAGAGCUCCUCUAAAGACUCUGAGGACACUAACGUGACUUUUUACCUGAUGAUAACUCUGGCCUCGGUCUCAGCUCUGUUCAUUCUCAGUAUCAUUGUGCUGAUUGCAAUGCAGUGCUCCAAGUCCAGCACUGACUACACCUCCAAGUACUUACAGGACACAAACUAUGACGGGACUCUGUGCCACAGCAUCCAGUACAGAUCUGGAGACAAGCGCUACAUGUUAGUUGGACCCAGAAUGAGCGUAGGAUCCACUAUAGUCCCAGGGAGCCAAGCCAACACACUGGUGCUGCCUGACAGGAGGAGGCCCUCUGAGGAGUAUGUGGUGGAGAUGAAGAAGCCAUUUGUUCAAAGAAAAUAUUCGUGGAUUACUUUGAGUUUGGCUGGUCUGCUGUUUUUUGGGCAGUGCGCUUUGGCUCAGAUCAGAUAUUCUGUUCCGGAGGAGGUGAAGGACGGGACUGUUGUUGGAAAUGUUGCAAAGGAUCUUGGUCUUGAUGUUGCAUCGUUGGGUGAGAGACGGAUUCCGUUGUUUCUAAAACAAAAUGACGCUAUUUUUGCUGUAAACUCUGAUAAUGGCGCUUUGUACGUCCACGGGCGCAUUGACAGAGAGCAGCUGUGUCAGGGCAGCGGUACGUGUCUGAUGGAGCUGAAGGUUCUGGUGGAAAACCCUUUGGAAGUUCACUAUGUGGUUGUAGAAAUUACUGAUGUAAAUGACCACUCGCCAAGAUUUCCUAAAACAAAUCAAACGUUUGAAAUUGGAGAGCUCACUUUGCCAGGGAAAAGACUUCAGCUACACCCUGCCCACGAUCCCGACGCGGGAACAAAUGCGAUCCGCACGUACACGUUGUCUGCAAAUGAGUAUUUUGAGAUUAAUAUUCGACAAAGUGACUUGGGUAAAAUACCGUUUCUGGUGUUAAAGAAACCUUUAGACCGGGAACAGAGCAGCACACACUCUCUGCUCCUUACAGCGGUUGAUGGGGGGAAACCACAGAAAUCCGGGACACUGAAUAUUACCAUAAUUGUUCUGGACAGUAAUGACAAUAGACCAGUUUUUACUCAAGAGGUUUUUCACAUCACAGUGAAAGAAAAUUUGGAGAAAGGAAAUGUAAUAUUUAAGUUAAACGCAACAGAUGCGGAUGAGGGAAUAAAUGGAGAAAUUGAAUACAGCCUCGGGGAAACAUUGAGCCACGAUAUUUAUAAAACAUUUGAAUUAAACAGAUUAACAGGAGAAAUUGUCACUAGAGGCCCAAUAGACUUUGAAGAAACUGAUCAUUAUGAAUUAGACGUAGAGGCUUCAGAUAAAGGCACACCUCCAUUAACAGGCGAAUGUAGAGUUAUUAUAAACAUCAUAGAUGUAAAUGAUAAUUCUCCAGAAAUAGACGUGACUUCUCUGUCAAACACAGUGUCUGAAGACUCCAAACCAGGGACAGUUGUAUCACUAAUCAGUGUAACAGACAAAGACUCUGGUGUCAAUGGUAAAAUCAUCGCUCACAUAACAAACAACGUGCCUUUUGAACUCAAACCCUCGUAUAAAGAAAACACAUAUUCAGUUGUCACUAAGGAUUUCCUGGACAGGGAGGAGGUGUCACAUUAUGACAUAACUAUAAAAGCCACUGACUGUGGGGAGCCUCCUUUAUCCACCACUAAAACUCUGAGUAUUCAGAUAUUAGAUGUAAACGACAACAGUCCACAGUUUGAACAAAAUCCUCUGUACUUUUAUAUUGUAGAAAAUAACGUGGCAGGGACGUCACUGUUCUCUGUAACUGCAUCAGACAAAGACAAGAAUGAAAACGCAGAUAUUUCCUACAGCAUUGCGCGUGCAGGACAGGAGAAGGACGUGACGCUCUUUUUAAACGUGAACGCGGAAAAUGGUCAAAUCACUGCUCUGAAAAGCUUUGACUUUGAGACAUUAAAGUCUUUCCAGUUUCAAGUCGUGGCCUCAGACUCUGGGACUCCGUCACUGAGCAGCAACGCGACAGUGCACGUGUUCAUCCUGGAUCAGAACGACAACGCUCCAGUCAUUCUGUAUCCAGUCAGGUCUAAUGGUUCUGCUGAAGGAGUGGAGGAGAUCCCCCGCAAUGUGAACGCGGGACACUUGGUGACUAAAGUCAGGGCCUAUGACUCUGAUAUCGGAUAUAACGGCUGGCUGCUGUUUUCACUGCAGGAAGUGACUGACCACAGUCUGUUUGGGUUGGACCGCUACACAGGACAGAUCAGGACACUUCGCUCGUUCACAGAGACAGACGAGGCCGAGCACAAACUCGUCAUACUGGUCAAAGACAAUGGCAACGUGUCCCUGUCAGCUACAGCUACUGUGCUCGUGAAAGUGGUGGAGCCCAGAGAGGCUUUUGCAGCUUCUGACGUUAAGAGCUCCUCUAAAGACUCUGAGGACACUAACGUGACUUUUUACCUGAUGAUAACUCUGGCCUCGGUCUCAGCUCUGUUCAUUCUCAGUAUCAUUGUGCUGAUUGCAAUGCAGUGCUCCAAGUCCAGCACUGACUACACCUCCAAGUACUUACAGGACACAAACUAUGACGGGACUCUGUGCCACAGCAUCCAGUACAGAUCUGGAGACAAGCGCUACAUGUUAGUUGGACCCAGAAUGAGCGUAGGAUCCACUAUAGUCCCAGGGAGCCAAGCCAACACACUGGUGCUGCCUGACAGGAGGAGGCCCUCUGAAGGAGGUAAGAUGACAAANGCAGUGCUCCAAGUCCAGCACUGA